UCUUUCCAAUUUAGGAUAAACCGUCUUUUUGGCUUUGCUUGGUGUAGAGUUUUUGUUCCGAUUUCCGAAGUAGAUUACUCCUCAUUUUAUCGUCUCAAAGGCGAUUCAUACAAAUUUCUACAUGCCAGUAGGAUCUAAUAGAGUUAGUGGAAGAAGAGCACCAUUAAAGUGACCUUUUGAUUAUCUCACACAAGAAAAUAUUACAAUCAUGUUUUAAAUCAGUUCUUGUCGGUACAUAUUUUGGGUUUGAAAUGCUAUUAAUGCAUAGACCUCAGGCCCAAUAAAGGCGGUUCCUUACCUGUGUUUAAAAUAGCGACGCCUAGGCGAGCCUAGGCGUGAGGCGAGGUCAAAACUGGGUUUCUCGCCUUGAGGACCUGAGGCGAGGCUAAUUCAUGAGGCGCACGCCUCUUCACGCCUUGCACGCCUUGCACGCCUCAACGUCUCAACGCCUCAACGACUUGUAGUUAACGGUAAGAUUAUUAUUUCUAAUUUAUUUGCCUACUUAAAACAAGCAAUUAUGAUUAAUAUAAAAUAUUUAGUUUCUUUUUAUGUUUCCAAAAAAACAUUCACCUAAAAUCUAAUUUAAUGACUUAACAUUUUGAUAUAUGGUCACGCUUGACGCUUCUCUUUCUUUUACGUCUGUCUUGUUCUGAGACAAGAGUCUCUAAAUCUUCUGCUUCUUCUUUCUGCUCUCUUUCUCCUAAUCUCCCACUCUUCUCUUAUCACCAUGUCAACUCCUUCUAAACAACUUGAUCCAGCACACAAAUAUGCAACACCUGAUCCUAAGAAGUAUGGCUGUUUUCAUUGUAACUUUUGUGGUAAAAUCACAAAUGGUGGAGUCUCACGUGCUAAACAUCAUCUGGCUGGAGGCUACAAUGACGUAACUCUCUGUCCCAAGGUUCCAGAUCACGUGAAUGAAGAAGUUAAAACUUUCUUGAAAGGCAAGCAAGAUGCAGUGAAAGCCAAAGCCAGUGUCCGAAUGAUGGAACCAGCCUUUGGUUAUGAUGAUGAAGAAGAUGACGUUUACCCAACUCAGCCUAACUUGAAGAAGCGUAAGGGUCCUAUGGACAGGUUUGUUGCUCCAACUCCCCCUGAUGUCUUGAAAGGAAGAAAAGAUAGAAAAGAAGUUUUUGGAGGAGUAUCUGAUAAAGAAAGUAGAGACAAAGCUUGUAGAGCUAUUGAGAGAUGGUUCAUAGAUGCUGGAAUUCCUUUCUAUGCUAUUACUUAUGACAGUUUCAAAGAGGUGUGUGAGCUUAUAGGGCAAUAUGGUUCUGGUUUUAAACCACCAAGCAUGUAUGAACUGCGAGUGCCUCUCUUGAAAAAAGAAGUGGAAGAAGCUGAGAAACAGUUGGUGGAAUACAAAGCUGAUUGGGUUGCUAAAGGUUGUUCAAUCAUGUCGGACGGAUGGCGCGAUUCAGUGGUUCAAAAAGACAUCAUCAACUUCCUUGUCAACUCUCCAAAAGGAUCUGUUUUUCUGAAAUCAGUUGAUGUUUCAGAGGUUGUGAAAGAUGCAAAUCUGCUCUUUAACAUGCUUGACAAUGUGGUGGAUGAAGUUGGAGAGUCUAACGUCGUCCAACUUGUUACUGACAAUGCCUCAAAUUAUAUUAAAGCUGGGAAACUUCUAAUGGCUAAGAGACCACAUCUAUAUUGGUCUCCUUGUGCAGCACACUGCCUUGAUCUCAUGCUAGAAGAUAUAGGUCAGAUUCCUUCAAUUAAAUUGGAGCGUGUUUCAGCAUCUCCAUACUAAGAAAAGGAAUCGUUUGACUCAAGAACGGUUGAACAGCAUGGUCUUUGUUAAGUACAACCGAGCUCUGAAACGCCGUUACGAUUUGAAAGACACGAUUGAUCCUGUCCUUUUAGAUGAAAUUGAUGACUGUAACGAGUGGCUAGUAGGAAGAAUGGAAGGAGAUGAUUCUGAUGAGCAUGUUGAUCUAGUGUAUGGAGAUGAUGAUCUCACAUGGGAAAUGGUUAGCAGAGCUUCUGGAGCUGAGGAGCCUAGUUACCCUACUAGAGGAUCUUUAAGUAGGAGUGAAAAAGGAAAGAAUUCAGCUGCAAGCUCAACUCCAAGCCAAAGAGCUUCCCAAAGGCCAUCAUCAUCAUCAUCUCCAUUGGUGUUGAUUGAUGAGGAUGAUGAGAAUGAAAUUGAAGAAGAUGUUGGAGAUGUGGGGAAUGUGUUAGCGGAAGAGGAUCAGUACAAUCAGUACGAGAACUUUCAGGAGUUGGACUUUCAGAUUUGAAGUUUGUUUCUGAGUUUAUUUGUUUCUGAGUUUAUUUUUAUGACUUUGUUUUGAAGACUGAAGUUCUGUUUGUUUCUGUUUGUUUCUGAGUUUUAUGAUGACGUUUUUUUUUACUCAGUUAUUUUUUCUAUAAGAUUUGAACGUUUAAUUGCA